CUAAUUAUAAAACGGAACUUUUACGCAAAAUAUGACAACCUGCUUUUCAGCAUUCUAUUGUGUAAAUUAAACUACACUGCAUUUACUGUAUAUAAUUUCAUUCUGAGAUAGAUUUAGUACAGGCACCCUCCACGUAGCACAAAAUAAUCAACGCGAAAUGGUGAGUAUUCUUUCUUCUGUACUGAGCGAUGCUUGAUCGAUUAUAUAUCUUAUUUCGCACGCGAGUGCUGAACCUUAUAAAAUCAUCCAUCUCCUCAAUAAAUUUCGGUAUAUAAAGUGUUGAAUUUCCAUUGUAGUGACGGACAGAUCGACCUUUUCGCGUCAACAAAGACAAGAAAAUUUUCCACGCAGUCGGCGAUGUAUUAUUUCUCAGCUUGGCUGCUAAAAAAAUCGACACUUUCCGCUGAAAAUUUAACUUUUCAUCAUUAAUCGAAAACAAAUUCGUGCCUAACAUUCGGACUGAUCCUUAGUAAAACGUGUCGGGUUUCUUUUUGCUUUGGAGGAGAAUCGAUACAUCUUUUAUGGGUUUAGAACUGGUAUGGUUGAAACUUGAAUAAAAGUUACUCUGAUCUUGGUAAAAUAUUUAUUAUCCAAUUGUGUUUUGGCGAGAAAAGUAUCGAAAAGUCGUUUUCCGAUAUGUUGUGUUUGUAUCUUGCACUCCAGGAAAAUUGUCUCUUGCAAAGUGUUUAAAGAUCAAAGAAAUUAAAGAUCAAAACUAGGUUAUAAAAUUGUAAGCGUGUUUACUUUUAACAUUUGGUAAUGUAAUACUAGAAAAUGGAGAAAAUUUGCAUAAGGAAAAUUGAAUUUUGACAUUUUCCAAGAAGUAACUUACGGUUACUACCUUUUCGCCUUAUUUGCCGUUUCCGGGAAACUGGGUACAAACUAUCCCAUACACCUUUUGGGUACUAUCAAAUCAAAUAUGGCGGAUGAAGGUUGCCUAAGUGAAUGUAAACAACAAAUUUAGAAAGGGUAUGUAAGGUCAGUUAAAAAAAUGCCCAGUGAAGAAGACUCUGAUAGUGACGUACAACAAGGAGCGACGUGGGAGCAUCAGUCCUUGGCACAGGUUAAGAUAAAAGUUCUAAGAGGACAUAAAGAUGCUGUAAACAGCUGUUCAUUUGCCUUUGAGGACUCCAAAAUAGUUACAGCUUCACAUGACAAGACUCUGAGGCUUUGGGAUGCCAAUUCUGGAGCUCAAGUCAAUGUCUUUAAAGGUCACGAUUCCUAUGUUACAUGCUGCCAUACAGACCCAAACAAUGCCAGGAUAGCUUCAGGUGGAUGGGAUAAAAGGCUUCUCGUCUGGGAUAUUCAGACUGGUACAAUUCUGUGGGAAGCAAUGAAUGAAGGUAUAGUAACAUCAUGUCACUUCUCUCAUGAUGGACGUUACCUUGUCAACAGUAGUGACUUGGAUUUUGCUGUCAGUGUGUGGGAUGUCCGGGAAGGAUCUCUCAUCAAGAAACUUUUCAAUCACAAGAGUACAGUUACAUGUUGUCGCUUUGCUCCAAGCCAAAACAGGAUUUGUACAACCUCCAUGGACAGAACAACAAAGAUCACAGACAUGCUUACAUUUACAAAUGAUUAUAAUGUUACUCUUACAAUGGGGGGACAUAUCAAUGUUAUCUCUAGCUGUUCCUUCAGCAGUGAUGAACACUUAUUGGCCACAGGAUCAUGGGAUAAAAAUAUUAAGAUAUGGGAUCUUGCCACUGGUGUCUAUAGGAAUCAUGGACCAAUCACUCUCUCCAAAGGACAUGAAGGUUCUAUCAGUGCAUGCAACUUCAGUGAAGAUGGUGGCAUAUUAGUUUCUUCAUCAUAUGAUGAAACUUUGGUUAUAUGGGAUGUUGAAAAUUGUUGUCAGAAAUUUGCCCUCAAGGGUCACACAGGAUGGGUGAAUGACUGCAGAUUUAGCACUGACCAGAAAUGGAUAAUAUCCUGCUCAAAUGAUAAAACUGUGCGUAUGUGGAACAUUGAAUCAAGUGAUGAUAUACCAGUGGUACUAGAACACAGAAAGAACAUUGGGUUAAGAAUUGUCCAGUGUCAAAACUGCAGCAAGCCUUUCUCUAUUGCACAAUUGGAUGAUGAACAAAAUCACAAGUACUGUGUUUUCUGUCGCUUGGAGCACCCUUCAGAAUUCUCAGCUUCACCAAUUGACUUCAACAUGUGAUCUUUAGUCAACCAUGAGAUGAAGCAGUAAAGACAAAGUGUUGCUGCUGUGAACAUUGCAAUUCAAAUCUCUAUAACCAUGAAAGAUUUAAACAAAAUGAAACAAUUCUUUGGUAUUCUCCUACAUCCUUAACUCUUUUUUUAACUCCCAGGAGUGAUUAACAUGUAACUUCUCCCUACAAUAUCUUUGUCAUCCAGCAAACAAGUAAUGGGAAUACUCAAACUUAUCAGAUAGAAGUUGUCAUCGCAAUCUAACACCAAAUUCUCAUAGCUAAUUGACAAGGAAAUGUGUAGUAGCUAGGGGGGAGAAUAAAUAAAUAAUAAUCAGAAGUUGGGAGCUGAAGGGUUAAGGCAAAAACAGUAAUCUUUCCCUUGUGUGUUAGAUCAGGUACCAAGACAAAUUCGAUUCAUGUACUCAUUGCCAUUAAGAUUUUAAACUUACAAAUCAAUAACAGAACAGAACUAGACAAGGUCAUAUUUAUUUUUUCUUAUAUUUUAAUAUAGCUCUAAGUUAUUAAACCAUGUUGUAAAUAGUCAAAGCAAUGGUAUUUGUACAAAAUUGACAUGUUCUUACUUGACUUUUGCAAUUUCAUACUGUGGAUGAGACAUUGAAACAUUGUAGUUAUUUAAUAUCAACAUUUUUCUCCAUUUUACUAAUAUAACUGUAUAUUACACUGUUAUUUCCUUUAUCUGUAGGUUGAAACUGUAUACAUUAAAUGGCAAUAAUGUAUAAACUUUUAAAAGCAUUUUAGGAUUUUAUUUGUGUUUACAGAGCCUCACCUAAACACAAGGGGCUUUGGCAGAAUUUGAAAUACUUAUGCAAAUGGAAGGUAUUGUUGAUGGAUUGGUUAACUUAGCCCUCUACACUUAACAUCAGUAAGCAUAUUCUCAAUAUUGUUGCUAACAAGGAGAAUUUGUUUGACAAUCAGGAGCUUCUUUAGUUGGUGAUCAUUCCCUCUAUUCUUGUGACCUAAAUGCAUGGUUCAGGGGUGAUGUUGUAUGGAGAAAUUGGAUGCUUUUUAGGGUUAAAGGGGUUCUCCUGGCCUCCAUGAGUGCAUAGAUGGAGCUACGUAAACACAUAAAAAGUCUUCCUUUGCUUUUACAAAAUAUCAAGUUGCUCAAAAAUAAAUACAAUCCCAAAACUUCUUCACAUUUUAAACUUACUUUCAUUUUAACACAACUAUCAACCAAUGAGAGUGCAAUUGGUAUUUCAUUUAUUUUAUAAUAAAUGUUACAGCAUUAAUUUUAGUUUCGGCUGUAAUCUAUCUCACCUACUGUAUGUCCUAGUGAACAUUGUGAUGAUAUUCUUCUGUUUCAAUUGUCCUCCCAAUGUCUACUCAAACAAUAUACAUCACAACUGGUUCCAAACCUACAUCACUGUUAACUUUAACUCCCAGUAGUGAUUAACAUGUAACUUCUCACUAUAAUAUCAUUCAUUAUCCAGCAAACAGGUAAUGAGAAUACUCAAACUUAUCAGAUAGAAUUUGUUAUCUUGAUCUAAUACCAAAUUCUUGGAAAUAAUUUACAAGAAAAUGUGUAGCAGCUUGAGAGUUAAAGGGUUAACUCUAUUUUAUUUUACACAAUAAGUUUUUUCUUUAGGCAAUUGUCUAUAUGAUUGUAUGACCAAGAAAAGAAACAAUCAAAACUUUGAAGCUUGCCACAUAGAAUUUUUUCUUCUUGCCUACUUUUGUGAGCUAUGAAUGAACUUACUGAAUGCAAAGUCUGUUUUGUUGGGGGUAACCAGUU